AUGGUCGAGACCACCAGUCAUCCUCUUCAAAAUGAACCGGCCACGGAUCCGGUCAUUCCCAAGUCAGAGCCGAUGCCUGAGGGUUCAAUCAGUUCGGCAGUGUCCACGCCUGAGGCGGAUGGCGAGAUCUUAACCCAGGAUGUGGCCCAGACACAAAAGCGAAAGGGUGGGAGAAAGCCUAUCUACGCCACCUCGGAAGAGCGAAAGCAACGCAACCGCCAGGCCCAGGCUGCAUUCCGGGAGCGUCGCACAGAAUACAUUCGUCAGCUUGAAUCAACUAUCAAGCGCAAUGAGGAGUCUCUUCAGACGCUGCAACAGAACCAUCGCACCGCAGCCGAUGAGUGCUUGAUGUUGCGAUAUAAGAACUCCUUACUGGAACGUAUCCUUCUCGAAAAGGGCAUUGAUGUCCAAGCUGAACUGCGACUCAAGGCUGGGGCCCCUGGUACGGCUCCGGCGAAGCCCAACCUGAUGACAACCAAGCCGCCCUCCGCCCUGGAGCGCGCUGCUGUCAAUCGCAACUCCGCUCAAAGGCAUCCCCAAGGCAUCGCCCCCAAAGAACCUUUUGGCAUGUCUCAGCAUCGCGAUGGCGCAUACGGCAUUCCCUCGCCCCAGUAUCAGGCCACGCCUCCUUCGCAUGCCUCCUCCCCAUCCCAUGCCAAGUCGCCCGCCUUCCCCUUCCAAGGUGCGAUGUCUCCGGCUGGGGUGGAUCCGCACACUCAACGUUCGCACAUGAUUGCCCACUCGCGGAACCUCAGCCAGACGACCCCUCCAAUGAGUAUCGGUCAGCCAGAUACGGCGGAGCCAAAGUCUGCUCUCCCCAGUGCUGCGGGCCCUCGUGCUUCUCGUGUUCCUUCGGCCUACUAUCCAUCUCCUUUCCAGAAGCACUACGAUCAACUAGAACAAGAAUAUGAUGCCCAGGCAGACAUGAUCGAUGACGAGCAUGAGUCGGCUGUCGGGGCCUCGUCCUAUGUCUCCGGCUACAACAACCCGGGAUCCGUGGCUCCGGGCGCCCAUCCGAUGGGACAGCAUGGUCUCAAUCAAUACCACCCGCAUGCUGCUGAAGGGACCAACGGCGCGUAUGGCACCAACAACGCCCCGACCACCUCCUCCAAUCAUAUCUUGGGCAACUAUGAGCCCAUGCUGGAUGCCGAUCCGUUCGGGCUCAGUGCCAGCAUGCACUUCCAAACCCCCUUUAGCUACGAACAAAAUAAUACGCGUCAUUGA